AUGAAUCCACUGUGCUGCAUUGCUCCGGUGUCGAUCGAAAAAGAUCGAGCUGUAGUGAAGCCGCAAACCGUCAGUCAAGAGCUAGGGUUUGAUAAUAAGAGCGUGAAUGAUCUGAAUGAUAAUGCGAUUUUGAGGCCGGUGUGUUUCAAUGCUCGGAGGAGUUUCUCAGCUGGAAAUGAUGUUUCGUUGUCAAAUGCGGCAGAUUUGCGCUUGUCCGAGAAGGAAAAAUGUGACGAAAAUAAUGAGGUGAGGGAUUCAAAGAGUGUGGUUGGGAUUUUAUACAAGUGGGUGAAUUACGGGAAGGGGUGGAGGGCGAGGUGGUUUGUGUUGGAAGAUGGGGUGCUAUCGUAUUAUAAGGUGCACGGUCCGGACAAGAUCGUGAUGGGUCCCGGGAGAGACAAGGGAGCGAGGGUUAUUGGGGAGGAGAGCUGGAGAUAUAUGAGGAAAGCUAGUAGCGGUAAUGGGAGCGGCCAUGGUUACCGUGGUAACGGAUUCAGUUCAGAGAGGCAAUGGAAGCCGUUUGGGGAAAUACACUUGAAGGUUUCUUCAGUUCGAGCCAGCAAGUCAGAUGACAAAAGGCUUUCAAUAUUCACAGGAACAAAAACUCUCCAUUUACGUUGUCAAUCCAAAGAGGACAGAGCUGCAUGGAUUGAAGCCCUUCUAGUUGCCAAGGACAAAUUCCCUAGAGUAUUGACAAGCAAUGACUUUGAACCUUCUGAAGAAUUUGUUGUUUCUACAGAGAAGCUACGGUCACGAUUAAUACAGGAAGGCUUGAGUGAGACUGUAAUAAAAGAUUGUGAGUCUAUAAUGCUAUCUGAACUGGGAGAGAUGCAGAAUCAGUUGAAGGCACUUCAACUGAAACAUAUUUUGCUGCUGGACACCUUAAGGCAAUUAGAGACCGAUAAAAUUGAGUUGGAAACAACUGUAGUUGAUGAAACUAAGGGACGGGAUUCAUGCUGUGGACAAGGGAAUAGAAGAUUCAGCGAUUUUUAUUCAGUUAUGUCAGAGGGCAGUGCAAGUGAAUCAGAUGCAGAUAAUGAAAGCCGAUAUGGAGUUGAUGUUGAAACAGAUGAAGAGGAUGGAACGUUUUUUGAAACAAAUGACUUUUUGUCUGCAGAGUCUUUGAGAAGUGCUUCCUAUAAAAGUAGAGAAAAUAAUGGCUAUGCUUCCAGACCUUGGACUUCUGAUAAUGAAUACUUCUUUUCUGAUCGUGCAAGAGAAGUUAUAACAGACAUAAAGGAAAUUCAAUAUCCGUACAUAAAAAGAAGGGAUAGUUUACCAGAGCCAAAGGAGAAAGACAAGCCAGUAGGCCUAUGGUCCAUAAUUAAGGAUAAUAUUGGCAAGGAUUUGUCUGGUGUUUGCCUUCCUGUUUACUUCAAUGAGCCUCUAUCCUCUUUGCAGAAAUGCUUUGAAGAUUUGGAAUAUUCGUAUCUAGUUGACCGGGCAUUGGAAUGGGGAAAGCAGGGAAAUGAUUUGAUGAGAAUUCUAAAUGUAGCAGCUUUUGCUGUGUCUGGUUAUGCAUCAACUGAAGGUCGGCAGUGCAAACCCUUUAAUCCUCUACUUGGGGAAACCUACGAGGCUGACUAUCCGGAUAAGGGUUUACGUUUCUUCUCUGAAAAGGUAAGUCAUCAUCCAAUGACUGUUGCUUGUCAUUGUGAGGGCGGCGGUUGGAAAUUUUGGGCAGAUUCUAAUCUCAAGGGCAAGUUUUGGGGACGUUCCAUUCAGCUUGAUCCCAUGGGGAUUCUCACCCUGCAGUUUGAAGAUGGUGAGACAUUUGAGUGGAGCAAGGUCACUACUUCUAUAUAUAAUAUCAUAAUUGGUAAAAUUUAUUGCGACCAUUAUGGUACCAUGCGCAUCAAAGGCAGUGGUAGCUAUUCCUGUAAGCUCAAAUUCAAGGAGCAGUCCAUUAUAGACCGAAACCCACAUCAGGUUCAUGGAUUUGUGCAAGACAAUGGAACCGGAGAGAAGGUAGCAAUGCUGCUAGGGAAGUGGGAUGAAGCGAUGUAUUAUGUGAUGGGAGAUCCGACUAUGAAGCCGAAGGGGUAUGAUCCAAUGACGGAAGCUGUGUUGCUCUGGGAAAGAGAUAGAUCUGUUCCUAAAACGAGAUAUAAUCUCACACCAUUUGCCAUAUCUUUAAAUGAAGUCACACCCGGUUUAAGGGAGAAGCUUCCACCGACAGACUCAAGGUUGAGACCUGAUCAAAGGCAUUUAGAGAAUGGAGAAUAUGAGCUGGCAAAUUCGGAGAAGCUACGACUUGAACAAUUACAAAGACAGGCAAGGAAGCUGCAAGAGAGAGGCUGGCAACCAAGAUGGUUUCGGAAGGAUGAGGAUGGUUGUUAUCGUUACAUGGGUGGAUACUGGGAAGCAAGGGAGAAGCAAAAUUGGGAAGGAAUCCCUGAUGUAUUUGGGCAAACUUGUGAUAUGCCUCUUUCUAUAUCAGAGGACACCUACGGUUGGAUUACUUCUCCAUUGUAA